AUGCUUCUUUGUCCGGAGUAUGUUGUUGAUUCAAGUAGCUGGUUUAGGGUGAUAGAAUGUGGCCAACUUGUUCAAAUGAUGGAAUGCUGUUUUUUUACCAAUAUAGGGGCAGUAACAAAAGAAAAUUUCCAAAUUCAGAAGCCUGACAUUUAUAUUCAGGAGUUCUUUUACUUAAACAUGAUAUUGAAGUGGAUCCGUUACUCUAGGAAAUGGAGUUAUCAAUGUUCCCUGGACGCAUCACAUAUGCUUACCAAUACUGCAGGACAAAAUCAGACUCCAAAACUUCUCACAUAUUGCACUCUAGUUCUUGUUGAAAAACCAAGCACUCUCAAAUACAAGCCAAUCUCAUCAAUUACAAUAUUGGUUCGGGGCCUUAAUUUGCUCGGUUUAGCAACCUCUAUAGUUGGUAGAAAUGACACAGAUCAGCAAACUUUACCCGAACAUUAUAGAGUAACCAAACUGGAAUUGCAAUUACAGAAACUAGCGGGGUCUGUAUCGCCUUACAUUGGAAAUUUGAGUUUUCUCAGAGUGUUGAAUAUUGCAGGCAACUGCUUCAACAACGAAAUUCCUCAAGAAAUUGGACGUUUAAGAAGAUUGGAAAUAUUAGAAUUCUCCAAUAACUCCAUCAAUGGUGAACUUCCUUCCAAUUUAUCUGGUUCUUCUACGCUUACAAUUGUUCAUAUGUUAGGCAACCAGCUAACCGGAGAAAUACCGAGUUUGCUUUGUAAUGCCUUAAUCUCUCAUCGGGAUAUUUUGAAUACUAUCUCGCAAGUUGGGUGCGAGUCUCCACAAAUGAUAUUAGAUACGUCUUCAGUUGGAUGCGUUUAUUAUCCUAACGUCACUAAAUAUUCAAAUAACAUCGUUGUUACUUAUGAACGCCACCCAAGACUUGAUAUUAGAAGCGGAUUAUUGAAGUCAUUACCCGUAGGAAAAUGCCCUUCAUAA